AUGGAAGUCGUGCUGGGUCCCGGCGACCAAGCUCGAGCAACUGGAGCGGAGGGGGCAGCCUCCGUUGCCUCGCUGAGGGGGCGGCGGAGGUCCCCCCAACAACACACGAGAACACGACCCUUCGGGGGAACGGGCGGCGACAGCGCCAUAAUAAUGCAGGAGCUACGCCACAGAGUCCAAAACCUAGAACGACAGCUAGCUGACCGGGAGCGGGAUGGACAGUUUACCGAUCCAAGCUAUACCCCGUCUCCCGGAAGCGAGGAGGAGGACUCUCACAGAAGCCGCCCGCGGCGUACAUCCGCAUCCCGGACGGAAGCGGAGAGCACGCGGGAGGAAUCACCUGUAAUAAGAAGACGAAAUGACACGAUCAUCUACUCCCGCGGCAGAACAACCCGCCGAGCGGCAAGAGGUCGCGAGGACGGGGAAGGGAGAGCCGGGAGAACACGACAGCCUGUGAUAAUGGGCAUCACCCCGUUCCACCGAUCUAUCCUCGAAGUCCGGUUGCCGAAACACUUCGACAAACCAACGGACAUGAGGUACGACGGAACUCAAGACCCUCUAGAACACCUCACGGCCUUUGAGGCCAGGAUGAAUUUAGAGGGAGUAGGGGACGAAGUAAGGUGCCGCGCCUUCCCGGUAACCCUGGCAGGGCCAGCGAUCAGAUGGUUUAACAGCCUCCCUCAAGGUUCCAUCUACAAUUUCUCAGACAUCAGCCGUGCAUUCCUGGCCCAAUUUACAACGCGGAUAGCAAAGGCCAAGCACCCUAUCAACCUUCUAGGGGUAACCCAGAGACAAGGAGAGCCGACCAGGAGGUACUUAGAUCGGUUCAACGACGAAUGCUUGGAAAUCGACGGCUUAACCGACUCGGUGGCCAGCCUCUGCCUGACAAACGGCCUCCUCAACGAGAACUUCCGAAAACACCUUACCACCAAACCGGUUUGGACAAUGCAUGAAAUCCAGACGGUGGCCAAGGAGUACAUAAACGACGAGGAAGCUCGGCAACCCGGUGACGGAGAGAGAGCGAAAGAAAAAGGCAGGGAGGAGGCGUCAAAUAAGGCACCUAGACCGUUCCCUCGGGUCGGAAAAUUUACUAACUACACUCCACUCACUCUCCCCAUCGUGGAAGUUUAUCAGCAAAUAGCUGAGAAGGGAAUUCUUCCGAAGCCUCGACCACUUAAGGACCGUACGGGAGGAAACAAGAACCUUUAUUGUGAUUACCACAAGGGUUAUGGCCAUCAAACACAGGACUGUUUUGACCUGAAGGAUGCAUUGGAACAAGCGAUAAGGGAAGGAAAGCUAGCAGCGUUCUCCCAUCUCAUCAGGGAGCCGAGAAGACGUUAUCGCGAUCAAGACGAGGAAGGCAAGACCCGUUCGGCCAAGCGGCGACAGGAACCCGAAGACAGAGACCACGGCCUCACUGUGAUAAACGUGGUAACGGCAAAAAACGCUGCACCAAAAUCCCGGUCGGCACACAAGAAAGACGCUAAGGUUCUGGCGAUCUCAUCCCCGCCGGUGCAAAGCUCUAAAAAACCUCCAUCCAUUUCUUUCGGCCCGGAAGACCAAUGGUUCAGUGACGCCCCGGAAAACCCCCCCCCCAUGGUCAUAACGGCUAGAGGGGGAACCGGCCUCGUCAAACGGAUCCUUGUCGACACAGGAGCUGAUUCAAAUAUCAUGUUCCGCAACGUGUUCGACGCACUAGGGCUAAAGGAUGCCGACCUGACGACUCACCAGCACGGGGUUAUCGGGUUAGGCGACCACUUCAUCAAACCAGACGGGGUCAUUUCCCUGCCGAUCUCGGUAGGCCAGAAGCAAGGCCGAAGAUCGGCGAUGGCCGAAUUCGUGAUCCUCCGAGACUCCACAGCCUACAACAUCAUCUUGGGAAGAAAAAUAAUCAACGAUUUUGAAGCCAUAAUCAACACCAAGCUGCUAGUUAUGAAGUUCGUUACCGAUGACGGAUCCAUAUGCACCAUAAAGGGAGACCUCGAGACGGCGGUCGCUUGUGACAACGCCAGCCUUUCCCUUCGAAAGAAGUCCAAGGAAGCAUCCGGCGUGUUCCUAGCCGACCUUGAUGCCAAAGUAGAGGACAAGCCGAGGCCAGAACCAGAAGGGGACCUGGAGAAGUUUAGAAUCGGUAACGAAGAGGAAAAGUUCACAUUCGUUAACAAGAACCUCCCACAUGAGCUGAAGGAACCUUUGAUUGAAAUGAUAAGGGCCAACAGGGACUUGUUCGCCUGGACACCAGCCGACAUGCCGGGCAUAGAUCCAAAAAUCAUCUCACAUCAUCUAGCCGUCAAGGCGGAAGCACGCCCAGUAUAG